AUGAGCUCUGGGGGCAGAACUACAUCUGCACAAACGCCAGAAGCAUCAUUGUGUUCAUCUCAGGGAUUAUCUUACGAUUCCGCAAGACGGUAUUCAUCCUUUACACCUUCGGUUUCUUCUAACGACACCAUGAAAUCGGCUGGGGGUCAGGUUUGGAACAAUCCAAACAACAAUUGGAACAUGUACUCAGGAUUACUUUCAGACUCUAAUGUAUGGAGGACGCUGGAAACGUCCAAUGACCAGAAGUUGACUCAAAUGAAUGCCACACAGCAGCAAGAGCUCGGACCAAAACAGCCUUCUGCAAUUCAGCUGUCCGCGUAUCGGAACUUCGCCCAAACGGAAUCAAUGAAGACAAACAGACUCGCGGCCACUGACAAUCCAUUGGAAUCGGGUAACAAUAACAUUCAAAUGAAUAGAACCAACUCUGACAAUUUGCAGAGAAACGGCCACUAUUCAAAUUAUUCACCGGUGAAUGGCGGAAAUGCUUACCAGAACAAAUUUGCGCAAAUGAACAGUGCAACUUCGGCUUACGGUUAUGUGAAUGACAAUAACCAGUUUGCAAAAAACGGGCCAGCAGACAACUUCCCAUCCCAAGGAGCAUAUGCUACCUGGCUCUCAAACCAAAGCCAACCAAACAUGAUGAACGGCCAAGGAAACCAGUCGCAGCAGCGUAAAGAACUUUCAACAACUUACCAUGUUAACUCCCAAAACCAGACAGCAGGUACAAGGUCAUCCAACUUUUCAGCAGCUUACGGGUCCUCGAAAUCCGGAUCCGCAUGGGCUAGCCAUGGGAAUGAUCAUAUUAUUGGAAGCAUUUUAAGUCACGCAGCUAGCGACACUGACAGUUUAACCAAGGCCACAUCGUCUUUGAAUAUUGGGAAGGAGCAGCAGCAGACUUUGAAAAACUCCGGGGGUGAAAACGAAUGCACAGACCCAAUUGAGCUUAAAGUCAAAUUACAGUUGAAGGACACAAUUAUAAGAAAAUUACAGGCAGACCUUGAGCUUGCCAGAAAUCAAGCAAAGAAAUUCGCGGGUAUGGAGACCAAAGAUGGCAAACAUGUUUAUGAGAUCCCAAAGAACCAUGAACAACUUUACGAGCGUUUGGUGGAGAAGUUGCAGAGCACGGAUAAGGAACUUGAGGAAACAAAAGCUCGUCUUGAAUCCCUCGCUACUGCAGUGACUUUGAAUCCUUCGCAGUCCCAGUAUAAAUAUGGUAGAUACGAUGAGCAGGAGGUGGCACAUAAAAUAAUCACCAAACUGCAAAUGCUUACAGAGGAGAAUGAGGAGAUGUCCAAAAUGUUAAGCUACGGUAAGGCCAAGGAGAAAGAUAUUGAAAUUGGACUCUUAAAGUCUCAAAAUGAGCAACUCCGUCAGAAAUUGGAGAAGCUUGAGGCUAAAAAGGAAGAGAGCAAGAACUGA